UGUGGCAUUUUUUAUCAUAUCUAGUAGCUAAAGAUUUGGUUGCCCCAAUUAUGUGUCAGGGAAACUGGAAAUUUCAUAUUAUUCAUUUGUGACUUGGGAUGCAAUUUACAGUGUGUUUUGCAAGUGGGUAUAUUGUAACUUAUAAUGUAGAUGCUUCCUUUCACUUACAAUUCAUCAUUCAUAUUCAGUUACAGGAUUCUGUGACAAAUUUAAACAGGAGAGGAGGGGUACUAACAGAAGAAUACUGAAUAUUUCUUGAACACUGUGAAUUUCUUUUUUGAGAAAAUGGUAAUAGGUUCCCUAAUGGAUAAAGUAUACACUGCACUGACUUUUGCUGUAGUAAAUGGUUCUACCAAACAUAGCAUUUCACUUGCCAGAUGCUUCCCUUUCUCUGAAUAACAAGACAGGGUUGUAAAAAAAUAGGUUGCAAAGAAGGAAAACCUCAAUGACUUUGCUUCAGAAACUAUUGAAUUGCGUUCUUCUGUUAUUGUUUGAAACUGAUGAUUGAAGGAUGUAGUUGGAAAUAGAGUGGCAUAAGGAGGAAACUUGUUCACAUAAGCAAAUACUGUUAAUGAGAAUGAUUAUGUAAUGUAGUGUAUUGCAUAAUAUGUGUAGGCCAUGUGGUUUGUAUCUAUAGUUUCAUCAUUUAUUUAUUUCAUUUGUUGGAACUACAUAAACUGUAAAGUAGUUGCACCAAGUUUAGCAUGUGGAAAAUAACAAACAUUGUAUUCACCCAUUAACAAAACUAAUUUCUCCUAGUGUAUGGUAUGAGUCCUUUAAUGGAAGGAUUAUUACAGUUUUCUUUAUUUGUGUUUCGAUGGAGGUAGGAAAUUAUUGGAUGUUGGCAAAAUUAUUUUGUACCCUGCAACUAAUAUUUGUUGAAGUAUGUAAUUAAUAAAUUCCACAUGUUUUGAGAGUCUGUCACUAAAUAGCCUAUUCUCCCUUAUUGAGUUUUAACUGAGUAUUAAAAAAAGUUGUUUAGGUUGUACACUGAACAUGGCAUUUCAACUAAUGGUAUAUUGGUGUAAUGUAAGUUAAUAUUUUGUUGUCUGCUACAACAUAUUAUAUAAUAAAGUUAACUAAAUGUAAAAUGCAACAAUUAUUCUUGUACAUAAUAGUGUUUUAUGGAAAAAUGACAUACUUUGUUGAUGAAGUGUAAUGCAGGGAUAUGUGUUGUGACUGUGACCAUGACAGUGAAAGGAAAGUUCAAGCGUUUUUAAACUCGAGUUGAAAAAUCCAUCAAAAGUGAUGACUUGGAUGAAUUCAAUUCAGAGAACCCUCGCAAGGUCAUAACACCGGCAACAGAAAUCUGCAUAUUGUUAAAGUACCUCAUGCGAGUUACAAAAACUAUAUUUUUUAAAGUCAAGUUAUUGGCUUCAAUAGGAUUUCUCACAUACUAUUUAAAAUACCGCCAUGGAAAAAGAGAAGAAUGAAACUGAACCAGAAAUAGAUGAAACAGUUGACAUUGGACCUGGAAUGAAAGAAGGUGAUGUUGAUAACGCUAAUCUUGAGUCUUUCAAAUUAGAUGCAACUGUAGAAGAUGUAAUGGACAAAAGUGAGGAGAUAAAGGAAGUGAAUAAUGCUGAGAAGCUGUUGCCAGCAGCUUCAGAGGAAGAGGUUAUGGAUGAGAGUGUUAAUAGCACAGAUGAGGUUAAGGAGGAUCCAACUGUUGAAUUUCAUGAAGUUGACUCUGAUGUGGAUGUUCAAGAAGAAAAAAAAGAUUCAGAAGUUCAGUCCACAAAGAAAAUGUCAGUGGAUUCCUGUAAAUCAAGACCAGACAGUGGGGAAGUUAAAAAUGGAGACACUUCUGAGGUUAAUAAUAAAAAGGAUAAGGAACUGCCCGUAGAGGAUAAAGUUCCUGUGGGCCAAAGCUCACAACAUUCUCAAGCUGUGAAUUCAGUCACUGGAAGUUAUAACAGCAAUACCAAUACACUAUCAACUGUUUUCAAUACGCGAUCAACUCGUUCACAAAAUCCAGAGUUUGUAGCUCGACAUCGACAUUUCUUGCACAAAGUUCACCUUGCUUCAAAUAAUGUAAUGGAUGAGGAGUUGCUCACAGAUGAUGAAAGUACGACAUCCAAAACAACUUCCAAAUCUAGUGACAGUGUUCAGACAGAGGAUAAUUCUAGUGUAGUUGUGGACAGUGUGGCUGUGAGGAGGAAACGUGAGCGUAGUGCAAGCAAUGGGACAUUGUCACCUAGGAUUCCAUCUCCCAGUGUUACUGUUAUGAUUGGUGGAAGUGUUAGUGGUAACAAUAGUGGCAGCAGUUCACCAGCUGGAAGUCAGAUGCAGUCUGUGGCAAAGAGGAGGAGGAGUGUGAGAACAGAUUCUACUGGAACUCAGCAAGAAUCACCUGUGCCAGCACUGUCACCAAUAAUAGGAUCCUCCACAGAUCGAUUCUGCUGGUUGUGUCACAAAGAUGGUAUAGUGAUCAGCUGUGAGACAUGCCCCCGUGUAUAUCACUUACGUUGCAUCCAGCUGGAAGCUGCACCGACAGAAGACUGGGUCUGUCCAGAGUGCAUCACUAUCCUUCAUGCGGAGAACACUGACACACGGUCAAGGGCGAUGAAGCUGUUGAGCAUAGACCAGCUGUGUAACCUGCUGAAAUAUGCUAUGUCGAGGAUGAAGACACAUUCUGGGGCUGAGCCAUUUUGGAAGGCAGUUGAUGUAACCGAGUUCCCACAGUAUCGAGAAUAUGUGGCACAUCCCAUGGAUCUGUCCCUGCUAGAGCGUAACAUAAAGAAGAGAUUGUAUGGCAGCACUGAGGCAUUUAUUGCUGACACGAAGUGGGUUCUGCAUAAUUGCAUCAUAUUUAAUACUUAUCAGUCCCGUUUGACAGGUGUGGCCAAGGUACUGGUGAAGAUUUGCAAGCAGGAGAUGGCUGAAAUUGAAAACUGCCCAGACUGUUACCUCAAUGCACACACACGCAAGGAUUCAUGGUUCAUUGAAGUUUGUCGUAAGCCACAUGUUCUCGUUUGGGCCAAACUGAAGGGCUUCCCCUUCUGGCCUGCCAAGGUGAUGCGUACCAACAAAGAGGGGAUGGUGGAUGUGAGAUUCUUUGGAGCUCAUGACAGGGCCUGGGUUCCUGUUAGAGAGUGUUACCUGUACAGCAAGGCCAUGCCUGCAUCUGCCCGCAACAAGAAACGUAAUAAUCUGGAUGCCUGCAUACAGGAGGUUGAAGAGCAUACCAAGAAGUUGCAAGAAAAGUUUGGUGUGUUUGAACAUGCUUCUUUCCGGACACGUUUUGAUCCAGCUCGUGAGAGGGAGCAGUUGUGCAUGUUGCUGCCAAGUUAUAAUGAUGAUGAUGAGGGACAACCUAGCUCUAAACGCAACAAGAUUCUAGGAGAAGGCUAUACAGUUCGCUCAUAUUACUGUUCUCGACAAUCUGAAAGAGAAGCACAGGAAAGAAAUAAAACUCAGGCUUCUGAUACUGAUGAGUUGAAUACCACAAUAGAAAGUGACAAAUCAGCUGAUAAAAGAAGCAGAGGUGAAAAAAGAAAAAAUUGGGAUAGCGACAGAUAUAGUGAAGAUGGAAAGAAAAGUCAUUCCUGCAAAAGGACGGCAAUCGGAAGUAGGUUACGUCAGUGGGAUAGUAGUAGCAGUGAGGAUAGUCAGGAAAGUGAUGAUGGGACACAGCAAGAUGUGGGAAUUAGUGUGGGGGUUGAAGGAAGUAGCAAGAGUGCAUCUCUCAUAGAGUGGUCUAAAUUUGAGGAAAGUGCUGCAAAACUAACGGUUGGUGUGGAGGGUGGUGCAAGUGAUGAGGAUAAAUUGAUCAUUGCCUCAGAGAAUAUUAACCUAAGUGAUACUGGUGACACCAGAGACCGUGUGCUUCCAUGUAAUGGUGCUAAAGUGAAACAACGUGAGACUGACUAUGAGAGUAGUGAAGUGGAGAAAAGUGCAAGAGUGACUGCAUCUGAGGUGGUAAAGAAGGUUUUGGCAGGUUCAAGCAUUGCAGACAAGCUUCAAGAGAAGCUGUUCAGGUUAGAAAGGUCUAGUAAAGAUUGUAAGGAUAAUGAAGAAACAUCUCCUGAAGUAAUCUCUGAAAGCAUGUCAGUUGAUCAGGAAUCCUCUGCUGAAGUGGUUAAGAACACAGAAAAUUGUUCAGGGAACCCUGAAGACUGUGAAAUAUCAUCAGUCUGUGCCAAUGAAAAUGAUGUGAAAAAUUUGAAACCAGAAAUGUCAUCUGACAGGACUAGAAAGGAUAAGGAUGAUGAUGCUGAAAGAAAUUCUGUAACCUGUCACUCAUCUGGAUCAGAACAGAAGAGGGGCAGAUCAGAGACACCUGUUGUCAAUAAAACUCCACUCAAAGCUGAAACCAGAUACUAUGGUAAACAGUACUCACCUAAGGUGGUUCUGUAUAAUUUGGUUUUACCUGCUGGUAAACUCCUGCAGGGGAAAGCAAGAAAUAUAACAAAUGAGAUUUUGUCUGUUAAAAAGCCUCAAGCAAAAUUGAAGAAAUGUUCUCUCUCAGUUGCAGAACCUAAGAAGGUUCAGGAAAAAGUACCUGAGGAAUGUCACACAAAGAAGGUUACUUUACUUGAGGAUAAUGGUACAACUUCAAGUUCGGAGACUUUAGUUAAGAACAAGCUAGAAGUUUCUGUUCAUAAGACUGACAGAUUGCAUGGUUCAGAAUCCAUAGGUAAAAAAUUUGAAGUUGUCAAGGAAGACAGCAAUAUUGAGCCUGAAAGUCAGUCAGGUUUGUUUCCCUCAUCUCAUAAACUCAAUGUAGUUGAAACUGAUAAAUUUAAUGUGGUUGGAUGUAAUGCACCUACAGGUGUAAAAAUGAAGGUUGCAGUGAGUGAUAAUACAAGUGAGAGUGGAGAAAGUGACAUUGUAAUGGACUCUUCAAAACGGACACCAGAACAUGGUUACAGUAGAUGUUGCACUGAUAAUUUUUUAGAAAAUGGUGCGAAGAUGCUUGAGCCCAUGCAAGAUACCAAGUCUAGUGAACAGAGGAAGGUUUUGGUUGAGAAAAAUUUAGAACAUGAUGGUGAUCAAAGCUCUGAGUAUGUAUCAGAAACUGUUAAGGAAAAGGGCAGUGUAUUAGAAUCUGUUCAGGAAACACUAAAAAAAUCAGAAGAUGUACAGAACUCUUUAGAACUAGAAGCAGAGUUGUCUGUGGGUAUGGGACCUGUUAGUGAAAAAGUUGCUGCCAAUGAAUCACCUCCUGAUGACAGGGGUGCCUUAUGUGGGUCUCUGAGCAAAAAUAUUGCUUGUAAUUCAGUUUCAAAUCCAGGUAAUGCAGAUUUGGUUCCUGUAGAGCAAAGCUCUGAUAGGGAACCCCCACCUGAAGAGGCAAAUGCUAAUAAAGUUCUUGAAACAGAUAGUAUAGAACAGUCCGUAGAUAAAGUGAGUGACUCAACAAGUAAGAUGGAAACCUGUGGUGAAGAAAGUAAGGAUGGUAGGACAGAUUCUGUUGCAAAUAGUAAUAAUCAUAAGGAUAAUUCUGAGGUACCUGUUAAGUUAAAUACUCCUCAAAACACUGUGCUGAAAGUUUAUCCUGCAAAAACUAACAAAGCUUUGGAUAAGAAAAUUAAAGACUGCAAGGCAAGUGAGAUGAGUAGGACUGAAGCUCUCGUAGGGAGUGAUGUGACCAUCACCCCAGCUGCUUUGGUCAGUGCACCUACAGAACAGGAGGAUGAAGCAAAUAAAACAGCUACCAGUGUUAUUAAGGAAACAGAUGACAGUAGUAUUGCAGACAAGAAGAUCAAAGAAGAACCUUUAGAUCCCGAUGACUUAGUGGCAGAAUCAUCAUCAUCUGUAUCUACCUUGGUACUGUCCAGUGCUCAGUGUUCAGCCAAGACAUCACCUGAACUUAAGUUGCGUGGUUCACCAAGUGAGAAGAAAGAAGCAGACAGUGACAACUUUAAUAAAGGAAAAAUAAUAUUUAGUAAGAAGCUGCCUUUGGCUGUGUUGGAGGAUAAAGAAAGAUUAGCAAGUAAUGAAAGCCCCUCCUCUGUGUCAGAGAAAGAUGGGAUCUUCCCAUCACUUUUUCUUGACCCAAGUAUAACAAUCACUGUCAUCAAUGAUAAACAGGCUGACAAUGUAGAUGUGCCUGUUUUAGGUAAGAGUAAAGUUAGCAGCAGUGAUAUAAAUGUAAAUGAACUCAGGGCUAGUGUAAACCUUUCAAAAGAUAUCAGUUUGACAGUGGUUGGUACAGGUUAUGGUGGACAUUCUAAUUCAGCUAAGGGCAUAUCAUCAAGUUCUGUGACACCAUUGGAAAUGGAGUGUGGCCAUGAGAGUGACCAUGACAAUUCACGUAAUGCAUCAGUAAAUGCUACCUCUGCGUCAAUUCCCGUAGCUGCCCAAAAUGCUGUGGUGGGACACAACAGCACUAAUAGACAGAAGAAACAAAAAUGUUCAGUUGGCAGUAAUUCUCUUCAAGCAAGAUCUAGAGCUAGGAAGUCAUUCCCUAACAGGCCAGUUUUUCCAAAUGUCAAAGUGAAAUCCCACCCUGAACUUGUUAAUGGAGUUGGGACAUUUGGUAAUAAAUCAUCAGUGGUAAGACGCAAUUCUGUUGGCACAAAUUCAAACAGUUCAGACUCAAGACGUAGCUCAUAUGGAACUUCACCUCAGGAGAUGCUGAUCACAGCACAACAGUUAGGAGAUGCUAGUGGCAGUGAUAGCAACAAUAAUAAUUCUGGUAGUGCUAUGGUUGCGUUACCUCAUGUGUUGGGUAAUCCAACCACAAACCAUAUUCAGGCCCUGAGAACAGUGAACAACAAUAUUGGAGCACCAUCUCAUAUUGUGAACAGUGGUCCUGACAUGAUGCCCUCACGGAUGGUGCAAGCUCCUCACAACCAACCACAUUCGGUGGGAAAUGGUACCAGGAUUUCACCAGCAGGACAGGGGCCUGGUGCUGCAGCUGCUGCUUCACGCAUGCCACCUCAGCUGCAGCCUCGACCUCCAGGUCCCCUCCUGUCACAGCAUCCUCCUCCUAUACCAUUGGAGGCAGGUCCUGUGUCUGCAGAACUGAACAGGCAUGCACAUAAGCUCAGUGAUUUCCUGAGGACAACUGUAGAAGAAAUACUUCGUGAUCUGUCCAACAUUGGCAACCCUGAAGCAACAAUUAAAAGUUUACAGCUAGAACUUGAGAAGCUACAGUGGCGUCACAAUCAGGAGAUGGCAGAGAUGAAGCACAACACAGACUUGAUGAUGAUGGAAAUGCGUGCUAGUGUUGAAAGUGAGAGGCAGCGUGCAGUUGCAGAGACUAUACGGCAGUGUGAACUGGAAAAACAGAGGGCUGUGGAAGAAACAAAAAAGAAACAGUGGUGCACCAACUGUGGAAAGGAGGCUUUAUUCUACUGCUGUUGGAACACAUCGUACUGUGAUUACCCGUGCCAGCAACGACAUUGGCCACAACACAUGUCAACAUGCGCACAGAACACCCAGCAAGGUGGUGAGGGGAAUGUUCGUGAAGGUGAUAUACAGCAGAAUAACCCUCACACUUCUGGUGGUAGCAGUAAUAACAAGCCCAGUGCAUCUCAGCAACAGCAGCCCUGGCUUGAUUCUGUACCAAUAUUCAAAUCUGCAACGUCAUCUGCUGGAAAUCUGAGUUUGUUAUCCUACCAUGGAUUGUGCAACAAGACUGGAAAUCCUUCACCUUCAUUGACAUACCAAGUUGGUGAUGAAGAUUAUGACAACAAUAACAACAGCUAUGAAGCUGUUCAGCAUCCAGAAGGAAGGCAGGAAACUGAGCCAAAAGAAAAUUCUGGCCUUAGAGAUCUAUCAGGAAUGAACAUGGAUGGACACCGGCUACAAAAGAAACGCAAACGAUGUGGUAAAUGCAAAGGCUGCACAACUGUGGGUAAUUGUGGACAGUGUCCACCCUGUAACAGCACACGGACACACCAAGUGUGUCGACAGCGCAGGUGUAGCAACCUCCUGAUGGAAACAGCAUUGGUUGUUCCCAGUCCUGCCAUCAAGAGAAGCCACAUUAAUGUACAGCAGAAACUUCAACAAGUGGCAUCAAAUGGACCAAAUGGUGGAAAGCCUCCAAUAGGACCUCCACCAAGCUAUAGUGGAACAGUGAUGGCACAGACACAAAGAAACAUGGGAGCAGCUAUUGGCAGAGUAGCAGCCCAAUAUGCAGGUUUGCUGCCCAUGGCCAGGCCUACUAAUAUGCAGGUUUCAGGGUACACUUUCUCUCAGCCUUCUACUACGGCUUCGGCUAGUUUGACGACAUCAACUACUGGGACCACACAUGCUACCUACAUAUGCAAUGUACCCCGGCGACCCACGUGGGGGAGGAUUGGCAGCACUACAGCAACAGCAGAGACUCAUGGGAUCACAGUUUCCACCACGACACCCACAUAUGGGAUUCACUGUUCGCCCACCACAUUACUUCCUGUGACAGGCUUUGAUGAUAAAUGAGCAUUACCGAUUCUCUAUGGUGCAAGAGGGAUGGACAUACUUUGCUUAGUAAUACAGACUAACAUGCCAAGAUGACAUCACUUUGUAUCAACAACUACGCACCAAACUAGAGCUCAUUUGUGAGUUACUGUACCUUAUCUUUCAUCACUGAUUGUGUGUAGUAAGUUAAACUACACUUAAAAUUAAUAUGAUGGAUGAUUUUGUAGUUUACUUGGAAACAUAUGUUUGAUUUUGGAGUCACUGUUUUGAAACUCCUAGCUAUUAAAGGAUACCAGUAUUUGCAGAUCCACUUUCCUCACCAAGAAGUGUUAUCUCCUGCUUAUGGAGUGUGUGUGUGUCUGCUUUUGAGAGAAUUAAAGUCCUUAUCUCUUAAUUGAGAAACCCUGAUAUAUUCAAUGCAGGAUUGAACAUGAGGAUUUUGUAUACAAACUCAUAUUUUAAAAUCUCAGACAAGGUAAUAAAAGAUAGGAACAAACUUUUUAACAUUUAUGUGGGAUUUGUCAUUGCUUUAAAUUAAGAAUGCAUAUUUAUUUGAAAGAAAUAACUUACAUUUUGGAUUUCACAUCUCAUUUAAGUUUUAAAGAGAAUAUUAAAGUAAGUAAGACAUAAAUUGCGAUUUCUGUGUUGCUAGGGGCAAAAAGCUAACAGUUUAUUCCAUAGGUGAGUGGAAAUUAUACAGCCUACCUCAGAUUGAUACCUAGGUGUUAUCUUUGCAAGUACUUGCAUAUCCAGGUUCAUUCCUGAAUGUGGAAUGGCUAUGUUCUUUUACUCUUGCCAAUCUAAUACUCCCUUCAGUAUGGUUUCCUAAAAUUCCAAACUGUAAAUGUACCCAUCUUCAAAAUGCAUAUGUGGUUUCAAACUUAACCUAAGAUAUGUGAUGCUGAUUCACUAAAUUCAGUCAUUAUGGUCUGACUGCUUCAUAAUAUGUUUUAUGUAUGCAGUAUGUGGCUGGAAAUUGAAAGGUUGAUUUUUUAUGGCC